AUGGGCCUGAACAUCGAUGAGAGAGAUGAGCCUGACGUGUUUGAGGGAGUUUUGUUUGAGCCUGAUGUAUUUGUGGGAGGUUUUGAGCCUGAUGUAUUUGAGGGAGGUUUUGAGCCUGAUGUAUUUGAGGGAGGUUUUGAGCCUGAUGUAUUUGAGAGAGGUUUUGAGCCUGAUGUAUUUGAGAGAGGUUUUGAGCCUGAUGUAUUUGUGGGAGGUUUUGAGCCUGAUGAAUUUGAGGGAGGUUUUGAGCCUGAUGGAUUUGAGGGAGGUUUUGAGCCUGAUGUAUUUGAGGGAGGUUUUGAGCCUGAUGUAUUUGUGGGAGGUUUUGAGCCUGAUGUAUUUGAGGGAGGUUUUGAGCCUGAUGUAUUUGAGAGAGGUUUUGAGCCUGAUGUAUUUGAGGGAGGUUUUGAGCCUGAUGUAUUUGAGAAAGGUUUUGAGCCUGAUGUAUUUGAGGGAGGUUGUGAGCCUGAUGUAUUUGAGGGAGGUUUUGAGCCUGAUGUAUUUGAGGGAGGUUUUGAGCCUGAUGUAUUUGAGGGAGGUUUUGAGUCUGAUGUAUUUGAGUUUACAGUAUGA